ACACUUCACUAUCAAAACCUACAUUACUUCCAACAGUCGACCCUCGAGGGAAUAAGUCCCUGGUCUCCACGAUCGGGACCAGCCAGUCCACACUGCCGACCCCUGAAAGGCGGUCUCAGCUGCUCGGUCAGCGAGAAAAAAAGCCGGCGAGGUCCUCGUCCUGCAGGCUACAGCGAAGACAAAAACCUCUGGUUACUGGCCUCAGGUGCAAGGCUGCUCCGCAUUGGCAGCGCGGUACCAUUCCUAUUAUUAUUACGUAGUCUUGUUUCUUUCUGGGAGAAAGCACCUAGGGAGAGUUGGGCUGGCCCCGCAGGGCGCUCCGGGACACGCGUCCUCUGCAACGCCGCAGCCUGCGCCAGCGUUCGACCGGGACGACUCAUCGAGGCCCGACUCGCAUUUUUAGUUGUCAGAUUCGCCACUUUUUGGUGUCAGAAUUUAAAACAAAAAUUCCAAUUUCUCUAUUUCAGAAGCUCUUUCUGUCCAGGAAAACACAAGCAGGACAGACUUCAGGUUUUUGAAUUAUUCGUCUCUUCUGGCCUCCACGGUAUCUACAUCCAGUGAGCGGGGACCGUGAGUCGAAAGCGACGACGCGGAUGCUCAGGCCACCGUUCCCGGCGCGCAGUCGCAGCUGACCCUCGCUCCCGCCCCCGCCUGGAGUCCGACGUGGAAGUUGCUGGCUGACUGGGCUUGCGAGGAAACCGCCUCGGAGCUGCAGCCGAAGGCCAAGGAAUCACUGAAGAUCGGCGAGGGAGGACAGGGGGUUCAUCAUGGGUGGCUUUUUCUCAAGUAUAUUUUCCAGUCUGUUUGGAACUCGGGAAAUGAGAAUUUUAAUUUUGGGAUUAGAUGGAGCAGGAAAAACCACAAUUUUGUACAGAUUACAAGUUGGAGAAGUUGUUACUACUAUACCUACCAUUGGAUUUAAUGUAGAGACGGUGACGUACAAAAACCUUAAAUUCCAAGUCUGGGAUUUAGGAGGACAGACAAGUAUCAGGCCAUACUGGAGAUGUUACUAUUCAAACACAGAUGCAGUCAUUUAUGUAGUAGACAGUUGUGACCGAGACCGAAUUGGCAUUUCCAAAUCAGAGUUAGUUGCCAUGUUGGAGGAAGAAGAGCUGAGAAAAGCCAUUUUAGUGGUGUUUGCAAAUAAACAGGACAUGGAACAGGCCAUGACUUCCUCAGAGAUGGCAAAUUCACUUGGGUUACCUGCCUUGAAGGACCGAAAAUGGCAGAUAUUCAAAACGUCAGCAACCAAAGGCACCGGCCUUGAUGAGGCAAUGGAAUGGUUAGUUGAAACAUUAAAAAGCAGACAGUAAUUCAGUCCAUUCUUCUCCCCUGAAAUGAAGACUACAUCACCUCUCUCCCUUUGGAAACAGUCAAGUGUACUUCACACUACUAGAUGUUAAAACUAUAUGAUUAUUGGCAUAUACUGACUGACUGCAAUAUUUGUAGUAAAUAGGGAAAAUAAGUAUUUAGUUGGAGGGAUAAUUUGAUCGAAUCACCUGAAUGUUCUAUGUAAUGUAAAAUAUUCUUUUCUUGCUUUCUUGUGUUAAGGUAUAUAUUCUCUUUGUAUGGAAUUCUUAUUCAAAUACAGUUCUAUUAAAGAGUAUACUCCUAUUGGAUGAAAAAAACCUAUUUUUGAAUAGUAGUUGCAGCUUGUUUGUAUAAAUACUAAAAAAUAUCUUAACAGAUUUUUUUCCCCUUAAAAUGAAUUAUCUUUCCAAAGAUUAGACUCAGUAUGAGAGUAGGUGAGGAACAUAGUUUGUGUAAUAUAAUCUUUAUUUGCUUACCUGACCACUUUUUAUUAAGCUGUUUUGUUUAAAAGCUUUUGGUUAUAGGCAUGAAUAUUGUUUUGAUGGUUAACUUCACUGACUUAUCUGUAAGUGUCAUUUUAUAGUACUUUACAGUUGUCAAAAAAAAUCUUACAUAUAUUGAUCUAGUUGAUCGGUAGAGGAAGCUUGUGAAGUAGGUAGGACAGGUUAUGAUGUCUUCACUGUAUGGACGUGAACCCAGGGUUCUAAUAGGUUGGCUUGCCCAAGGUCACCUGCUAGCUGGUAAGGUAGGAAUAGGGCUCAAAGUAAAACUUUUGGUUCAGAAGCUUGACUCAUAAACUAUACUAUAUAUUCCCAAAAAUGUCAGUAUUGACAACACAGUCUAACUCUUAAAUAAAAUUAUGCUAAUUAGUUACAUUCAAAAUAAUGUUUAUAAAUUUAUUUGUCUAUACUAGUAGAAGUGAUCAGUGACAUACUAUAAAUAAUCCUAAAUGGUUAUAUUUGAUGGAAUUCAUAACACAUUAAAGAGAAAAUUUCACAUUAAAGGAAGGUUUAAAAAUCUAUUUUCAGAUUAUAAAAGGUGUCUUUACUGGUUUUCAUUCCUUUUAUCUACAGGUAAUUGGACAUGUAAACUUGUUUUUUUUUUGUUUUUUUUUGUUUUUUUUUGUUUUUUUGAGACGGAGUCUCGCUCUGUCGCCCAGGCUGGAGUGCAGUGGCGCGAUCUCGGCUCACUGCAAGCUCCGCCUCCCGGGUUCACGCCAUUCUCCUGCCUCAGCCUCCCGAGUAGCUGGGACUACAGGCGCCCGCUACCACGCCCGGCUAAUUUUUUGUAUUUUUAGUAGAGACGGGGUUUCACCGUGUUAGCCAGGAUGGUCUCGAUCUCCUGACCUCGUGAUCCGCCCGCCUCGGCCUCCCAAAGUGCUGGGAUUACAGGCGUGAGCCACCGCGCCCGGCCUAAACUUGUUAAAAAUCAAAAUCUUACUGAUUGUACAGGGAGAAAUUAAGCAUUCUGUUUUAAAAAUUAGGCUUAUUGCUACACUGUAAGUUUAAAAACAAUUCAUUUUCAAAGGAGCUUUUCAGAUUACCCAGUCCACCACAGAAUCAGCUAAUGUGACAGAAGUAAAUAUAGUGCGUCAUAAUUGCUAAAAACAGGGUGAAUUUCUUUCACUUAAGUUGGAAAACCAGCCUCUAAAAAAUCAGGUGCUGGUAAUGAGAGCUUAAUACCAUGGUUCCCCGCAGGUCUCAGAAACAUUAGUAGUUCCUUUCUUGGCCCUCACUGUCCUUCCAGUGUUGGCCUCUGGCCUCUUCCCCUCACAUUUAUGUUCAUUCUCUGGGCUUAUAUUCAUUCUCUGCUGCUUUCUCCCUUCACCCGUGGGACUCUCACCCUUCUUGCUCAUUCUCCAGCACCCAUUCCUACUUUAGUCUCUUUGAAAUCUUUUUUGGAGAUUUUCCUUCAGCUACAAGUGUUCCAGUACAACCAAUAUUACUCCUGAGGGGCAAAGACUUUUUCAUAUUUAUGUCCCUAGUAUCUGAUAUGGCGCCUGGCAUAUGGCAUUUCAGAAUAUGUUCAUAGUUGAAACAGUGGGAUAGAUAUUUGUCAUCUUGACAAGUAGCCCUUUGCAAUUUAUACUUGAGUUCACUCCUGGUCAAUGGCACAUGGCUGGAAAAUGCAGAAAGCAAGUUCACUUACGGCCUGAGGCUUAUAAAGCUUGUACAGCUGCCUCCCGGCAGUUCAGGAAAACUGCAGAAAAUGGGAAGUAAGGUCCUGGCAGGCAGACCUGGCAUGUAGCCGCUGGCCAUCUUGAAUCCUAGGGCAUGAAGUUGCCCCAAAGUUCAGCACUUGGUUAAGCCUGAUUCCUCUGGUUUAUCACAAAGAAUAGGAUGGGAUAAAGAAAGUGGACACUUAAAUAAGCUAUAAAUUAUAUGGUCCUUGUCUAGCAGGAGACAACUGCACAGGUAUGCUACCAGCGUUUGGAUAUUGAUAUAUACAUGGCAAAUCUGAAUAUUGUUUUAUGAGAGGCCUGGCAAUGGGUAAAACACCAAACUUGAAAUCAGAACAUAGGUGCAAAUGGCCACUCCUGUAGUUUCUUUUCUGUAAAAUGGGAUCUGGACAAAUGAUACCAAACGUUUCUUUCUAACAUUCUAUUUUAUAACUCUGGCCUAUGAUUGUGUUGUGUCUUGCAUUAAAAAAAAAAUUUUGAGAGUGGUAGAAUUACUUCUGUUAUCUGAAAUACCUGAGAUGCACUUUAAACUGUUGAAAUGUAAGCUCUGAGGGCAGGGACCGUAUCUUAUUUACUGUUAGUAUCCGUUGCAUCUAGUGUGGUGCACCUGGCACACAGUAGGCACUCAAUAAAUAUGUAUUGAUUAAAAACAAA